AUGAUCAGGGUCAUCAAACUCAACGCCUCGCUGCUUCUGCUGCUCAGCGGCAUGCUCGCCCUCGCAACUGCACAGAUCGCGGAUCCCAGCGCCGGCGCCCUCGCUUCCUCACAGUGCUCCUCCGGCGGCAGCGCACUGGCAUCGAUACCAGACCAAAAGUACAAGCGCUCCACGCACAACCACUGGGCGCAUCAGAAGCGCACCGUCCCCCUCCCUUCAAAAAGGUCGUACGACACUCACCACUACUACGUCGUCGAGCUUGACCCCCGCGCAGCUCAGGACAUCGAUCCGCGCGACGUUGCACACGCCCUCGACGCAGAGUUUGUCGAGCGCGCCGGAGAGCUCCCGCAUCACUGGCUCCUUCGCUCCGAGAAGCCAAUCUCACACCAGGCACCGGCGCUCGACAAGCGAGCGUCCUCCUCCGCAUCACCUCUCGAAGCGAGACCAGAUGUGCCAGAGCACCACGAUCCCGUCCUCCAGCGAUGGUCCCACAUUCGCCGCUCGGCUCGCGAGCCUGGCUUCACCACAAAGCACAACCUCUCUAAGCGUCACCACCUCGCUGCGCUCUCCAUAAAGGCGGUCGAGCGCCAGGUGGUCCGACGCAGGCACAAACGCAACGUCAUCUACGACCCCGAACACAUGCCCCACCUCUAUCCGGAACAGCGCGACCCCAUCCCCGCCCCUGACGGCUGGCCAUUUCGUGAAAGAAAGCCCGAACCGGGCCCACGACCGCCCGUCAUCCCCACCGCAAAGACCGCAGACAUGAUGGCGCAGUUCAACAUCAAGGACCCCAUCUUCACCGACCAGUGGCAUCUCGCCAACAACCGCAAGCUCGGCAACGACCUCAACGUCACGGGAGUCUGGGACCAGAACGUCCACGGAGAGGGCGUCACCGUCUGCCUCAUCGACGACGGCCUCGACAUGCACAGCCCCGACCUCAAGGACAACUUUUACGCGCCUGGAAGCUACGACUUUAACUCGCACACCGACCUGCCCCAACCGCGCGAGAGCGACGAUCAGCACGGCACCCGCUGUGCCGGCGAGAUCGCCGCCGUCAAGAACGACGUAUGCGGUGUGGGUGUCGCGUACAAGGCAAAGGUCUCGGGCGUACGCAUCCUCUCCGGCCCCAUCUCGGACGUCGACGAGGCCGCCUCGCUCAACUACGCCUACCAGGAGAACGACAUCUACAGCUGCAGUUGGGGCCCGCCCGACGACGGCCGAAGCAUGGACGCGCCCAAAGGCCUCAUCGCCAAGGCCAUGCUCAACGGCGUCCAGAACGGCCGCGACGGCAAGGGCAGCAUCUUUGUCUUUGCCGGCGGCAACGGCGGCGCCUCGGACGACCAGUGCAACUUUGACGGCUACACCAACUCCAUCUACUCCAUGACCAUCGCCGCCGUCGAUCGCGAGGGCCAGCAUCCGUGGUAUUCGGAGAUGUGCUCCGCCAUCAUCGCCACCAGCUGGUCCUCCGGCAGCGGCGAUCACAUCCACACCACCGACGUCGCCUGGAAUGGCGUCAACCGCUGCACCGCUUCGCACGGCGGCACCAGCGCCGCCGCGCCGCUCGCCGCCGGCGUCGUGGCGCUCGGCCUCAGCAUCCGUCCCGAGCUGACGUGGCGCGACGUACAGCACAUCGCCGUGCGCAGCGCGGUCAAGUUCAACCCCGAGGACCCGGACUGGCAGCAGACCCAGGCGGGUCGCCACUUUAACCACAAGUACGGCUACGGCCUCAUCGACGCCUACCAGUUUGUCGAGGAGACCAAGCGCCACAAGCUGGUGAAUCCACAGGCGUGGUACGAGUCGCCCAACGUCACGCUGCCCGCUACCGAGACGCUCAUCACCGAGGCGGGCACCGAGUCGACGUUCACCGUCACCGAGGACCACCUGCGCAACGCCAACCUGGCGGCGCUCGAGCACGUCACGGUGCGCGUCUGGAUCACCCACCAGCGCCGCGGCGACGUCAACGUGGAGCUCAUCUCGCCCCACGGCACCAAGUCGGCGCUGGCGCGCUCGCGCCGCUACGACGAUGCCACCACCGGCUUCCCCGGAUGGUCGUUCAUGACGCUCAAGCACUGGGACGAGUCGCCGGUGGGCGAGUGGAAGCUGCGCGUGUUUGACCCGGCGCAUCCGAACAAGGUGGGUAAUCUGUAUGCGUGGAGCAUGUCGCUGUGGGGUGCCGCCAUCGACGCGGGCAAGGCCAAAGCGUGGAACUUCCCCGAGGACUCGGUGGAGUUCCACGAGACGCUCGCCGCGGCGCCCGAGACCACCGUGAUCAAGCUGCCACCCUCGUACACGGCGUCGGCGCAGCUCAAGAAGCCCACGGACCAUCUGCCCUCGGACCACGGUCAGGCCGAGGGCGAGUCGCACGUCGAUUUCACGAAUCACAACGGCAGCGUGCCCAUUGGCGCAGUGCAGCCCGAGGCCGAUACGGGGUAUAUUCAGGGGCUCAAGAAGAACAGCACCUGGGUUAUGGUUGCCGGCGGCCUCGUCGUCAUCUUUGCGGCGAGUCUGGCGGCGUUCUUUGUGAUGCGCAAGCGCAAGCUCGGACGCGGCGGCGCAGGUGGGGGCGGAGGCGCGGGCGGGCCCGGGUACGAGUCGCUGGCGGGCGAUGAGGAGGUGGCGAUGGGCGAGCUGGACGACGGUGCGCGCGGUGGACGCGGCGAAAAGUCGCGCCGCACCAAGGAGCUCUACGACGCGUUUGGCGAGGCGUCCGAGGAUGAGGAGGACGACCAGCUGGCGGCGCGCGAGGGACGUGGAUUGCUGGGCCGCCGCGGUGCGGGUGGUGCAGACGAGCCGUACCGCGACGAUGUGGACGACGACCUCGAUGGGGAUCGCCGGUUCGCAUUGCACGAUGGAGGCGACGACGACGACGAGGCCGACACCACGCUCGCCGGCGAUGCCGAGGGCGACAAGGUCGAAUCGCGCACCGACUCGCCCUCGGGCUCCGGUUCGGGCUCCGGAUCCGCAGCCGAUGGCAGCUGGCAAGACGCCGCCGACGACGGGCGCGACCUGAUUGCCGGGCUCAGCGCGUCCAAGUGA